ACUGCGGUAGCACCAUUUGUGCUACACCGAGUUCCCUUUUUUGGAAGAUAGCCUUCAAAUAGUACGGCUGAAACCACUCCGAAUAUUUGUCAGCUGUGUGCUUUCAAGACUUGGGAGACCUGAGAUCGAGUGGGCCGGUGGUACGAAAACAACCUCGAGGUCUUCUUGCCGGGUGUCGUUAUUCUGAUUCUGAUUCAGUCUAGCGUUCACCAUCUUGAAGGUUCCUUUGCAGAAGAACUUUUUUUUUUGGCAUCUCUUAAUGGGCUCAUCCCCCAACCAUACAACUGAUCAAUGGAAAUAAUUAAUGAUUAUAUAUAUUUUUUCACCUGGCAGGAAGACCGGUUGAAGAGCCACCACUUUCAAAAGUGGGAAACGAUUCAAUUGCACUCAUUUGUCCCAAAGUGUUUUAAUUUAAGUCUAAAUCUAUUUUUGUCUCUCUAUGCCAACAGCCUAUAUUUGGGAGGUAUAACAAAUGUGCGUUGCCGUUCACACAACUGAAAAGUAUUUUCAAAUGAGGAGUUCCUUCUGCUUCCCAUGGGCUCACCACCUGUGGGAGGGGCCAUAGUGGUCAGGUGCAGUGCGAGCUGGGCGGUGGCCGAACGCGGGGACCUUGGCGAUCCGGUCCCCGGUUACAGAUCCUGGUUGACACGCCUCUGCAACAUCGCGCGGACAUCGGGGACAGUGCCUCUGGAUCGGCAGACUGGGGUGGUGGUCCCCCUUUUUAAGAAGGCGGACCGCAGGGUGUGUUCCAACUACAGGGGGAUCACACACCUUAGCCUCCCUGGUAAGGUUUAUUCAGGGGUGCUGGAGAGGAGGGUCCGUCUGGAAGUUGAAUCCCGGGAACGCCUCGGGAUCCCCCCGGAAAGAGAUGGAUGAAGUGGCUGGGGAAAGGGAAGUCUGGGCGUCCCUGCUAAAGCUACUGCCCCCCGUGACCCGACCUCGGAUAAGCGGUAGAAGAUGGCUGGAUGGAUGGAGUUCCUUCUCGCUGACCUUGUGCAUCUCAGUAUGAUGCAGUACUGCAGUUGUACUGUAUAUCACUGCAAACUACAAAUAUGACACAACAUUGUCGGAUGUCAUUACAAGUAUGGAUGUGCAUGCGAUCCAUUUUCUUUUUCACCCAUUUACAAACGAGUAAAGGUAAGGAGUAUUAUGACUCAAGUGGUCUGCGGCCCAGCCAAUCACAUGCAUUCGAGUGUGCUCCUCCGCCUUGGAUGACGGAACUAUUUUACUCUCAGCGGAUGGAUCCGUCAACCGACCUGGACGACGUACGCAACCUGGCGGAGGAAAACAAAAACAAAAAAAACCCCCAACAACGUCCAAAAUACAAAGCGAAUAUAGAAUGUCGGUCUAGGUAAGCCUGUUAGUAGGUGUGAAGGGCUUGUUGUUGUUGUUGUUGUUUUAUAAUCGUGUGAGGAGAGAAGAGUUCCUAGGUGACGAUGCCGUCUGCAUCAGCGCAUCACCUGUUGGGGCGUGUUUACCUCCAUCCAAAACAAAAACAAAAUCAGGCGCUCGAAGCGACAAUUAUGCAGACGCGUGUGGCUUUCUUCUAUUCGCAGGUUUGGACGAAUGUGAUGGAAAGCGAAAAAGACGUUUCGGAGAGACGAGAAUCACCGCGAAGUCGCAAGUUGGUGCGCGACCCCGCUGCGGCACGAGGGCCGCGCGACGGCGAGCGACCGCCUAACAGGCGCGUCGUUUGGCAACUUCAGCUCGACGACGCGGCGGCAGAUCCGCGCAUCUGCCGCCGCCGCACGCGGAGGCGCAACGGCGCCGACGAUGACCUUUCGCUCCCCAGAUCGACGAGUUUUACGUCGGCCCUCUUCCUCGCAAAGAAGUGACGUUUUGCGGGUUGAACGACAACGUCAACGAGGCCUUCCUGACCGACGUGUGCAGGAAACACGGCCGCGCCGAACACGUGGAGAUUUUCUACAACCCGAAGAACAACAAGCACUUAGGCGUGGCAAAAGUUGUUUUUGACACUGCCAGGGCCGCGAGGGACACCGUUCGCCACCUCGACCGAACGUCGGUGAUGGGCAACGUCAUCCGCGUGGAAAUUGACCCAAAAGGUGAAAACAGGCUUCGCUACCUGCAACUGCUCUGCAACGGUCUGUGCACCCCAUGGAGUCUACCGGUGGGAAGCGGUGACCGAAGUCUCCCGGGCGCAAUCGACAAUUUACCGAGCAAUUCGAGCCCCGGCAGCCUCUCUCCGGACACGGCGUACUCCGGUGUUGGUCAGGAUACGCCUCGUAGCUUCGGGCGAGUCGCUGAAGUCUCGGAGGUCAAGUUAGAUUUAAAGGACCGCCGACCUCCAGCUUGCCUCCCGCUGUUUCGCCAGAGUGACAGGCAGAAACGUGCACAAUGGUGGAAGACUGAAAACACAUUUGCUGACAAUCCCGCAAAACACUCCUUUGAACUUGUAUCACCUGGUCCAGAGUUUGGGAACGUGCUCCCGCCUACCUCAGACGCCUUCCCUAGAAACUCUUUGAGCAUCUUCGGCUUCAACUCGGCAGCCAACGAGCAGGCGGACGUGAGCUUCCCUUCUGACGCCAGAGCAGACUUACCUCAGUCACCGGUCAACGUGGUCCCCAGAAGCCCCCGACCAAAGGCAGAGACUUUAGACGCCCGCAUACAAAGUUUGCUGACAAACAUCCGACGUUGCGGCACUUUCCUUGGAAGCGCCGCGAAGGCCGAUGUCUUCUCCCAGGACAGCCCGACGUCAGCGCCGUCGCUCCGGAACUUGCCUCUCUCCGACAAUUUGAAAGAUGCCAGUCCAACACCGCUCCCACAGGAGGAUGAAACUUCCCGAGCUCUUUUUUUUCUCGCAUCCCGUCGAGAUGUCGAGUGUCCUUCUGCAUUUGAUUUCACAAAGUCUGAAGGACGCCGAGAUGGAAGCAGUAAGACAGAUGCAGAACGGUCCCAGGCGCCAUGUCCGAAGGGGCUUCACUCCUCAAAUGUGGACGAAGCAAACCCUGAGGCGUCGUCGCCAUCUUUUCCUCAGCCUCCCCGCAGCGCUCAACAGUCCAAACACAGUCCGCGUGCCACCACAUCUGCAGCUCGCCAGCCACCCUGCACCGCUUUGCGUUUCCCCGCUCCUUCAUUCGUCCCAAACGGCACCGUUCCCAUUCCGCCUCCGGGCCGUCGCGGCGGCAUCCCGAUUCCACCGCCUCCUCAUUUCCCGGUCCCUCGACCUCCUUUGACGCCGCGCUCUGUGCACACGUACCCCGCAUCGGACCGGGGCAACCCAGCGAGACUUGGAAGUCUACCGCACCGGUCCGCUGCACCUUCUCCUUGCAUCGACCCUUUAGCGCCGGCGCCGCACAACCCAGUCGUGGCGGAAAACCCUGACGAAGUCACACUUGAAAAAGUCUUCCGGGUGCUGAUGGGCGAACUGAAGUCAAUUAUCAAGAGGGACAUCGCGCGGAGAAUGAUUGAGGGAGUGGCGUUCAAGGCGUUUGAAGACUGGUGGGACGAUCAAGAGAAGAAAGCAAAGGUACCAGUUUUGCCUCUGAUCGAUAAGAAAAACAAAUGUGUAAAUCUUCGGAAUCACAUCAACGGCCAGAGCGAGAAACCGCCACUGCCCUCCUUCAAGAUUAAGAAGAAGAAAAGAGACGACAAUCCUGCAAUGUUAGAAGUCGUGGGAAAUAACGGCUAUGAUGCAAGCAAAGGGGGCGAUAUGUUGGAAACGACAUUUGGGAGGCGUAAACGCAGACACGCGAGACCGCUUGAGCUUGAUAGCGAUGAUGAUGAUGAUGAUGAUGAUGAUGAUGAGAGAAAUGAAGAAUACAAGACGCGUCGAGCAGAGCAAACGGAGCAAGAGCAACAGGCUGGGCCCACAGACCAUCAAUGCGACGGAAACCAUCGCGAUGGCAAUCGUCAGAAAAAAGAGGAGGAGACUGACAAACACAUCGAGGCUGAAGACACAUGUCCAGUUCCUGAAGCAUAUUCCGAGUGGAGAACCUCGGAGGACUGCUCAUCCCACGCAGACUCCUCUGACUCUUUUUCUUCAGAGAGCUACAACGACCCCUCGUACUCUGACUUCAGCUCUGAAGAUGACGAUGAUGAUUUGGAAGAUAGUGUGAAGGACGGCGAAGGUUGGGAGUUUAUCGUAAUAUCAUCAGAUGAGGAGUUCACGGAGGUUGAGCCCCCUGUGACGCCCUCAGCCCCCCUCACUCCCGGCGCUCAGCUGGAUCUGGUCCUCCGCGACUUGUCAGAGCCGCGGAAUAGUGAGAAAGCAGAGGAGAACCGCCAAGAACACGUCAUGAUGGCGCUUCAUACCGUCAAGCCGCAGGAACGUGCGCCAUCGUCGCAUACUGGACUUCCAGCCAUCUCUCUACCAGCGGCUCUCGAAGUUGAGGUGAAGAUGGAGCGCCGUGUUUUGCCCUUGGGAUCUCCAGAUUACACCUUGAGGCCUCUCACCCCUGCCGGCUGCUUGACUGACAGCGACCCGGACCUUUUGAUCACAAGCAAACCGACUUCUCCGGUUGUGAUGGAGGAGCUCGAACGACCUCAGACUCCGGGCAAGGGGAUAGCAUCUCAAUUAGGAAGUGACGAAUCAGGAGAUGACAAUCUGUCGCCACCGCUCAGCGAGUUCCAUCUGCCGUCAUCUUCGUUAUUCCCGGAAGCGCCCAAAACUCCAGGCAGCGAAGAAACAAGUGCACGGAGUCCUAACAGAGAGGUCGGCGUCUCAACAACUCCGGGACAUGAGAGCGUCACACCGGAGAAUGCGAGGGUAACACACUCGCAUUUUACAAAGGCAUCGCCUCAUUCAUCACUCUUCAGCAAUCCGUUUAGUAUGUUAGCACCAAAGACGCCUGGAAGAGACAUCCGUCGAACACAAAGAGCCUCAGUCCGCAGACCAAAGACUGAAACGGUGAACAGCUCACAAGCUCUUUUAUGUGCCCAAUCCCUUGGAAGGUCAUCUCCGUGUGACCUCUCUGAAACCGAAACAUCUGACGGCGGAGGAGUGAGAACUUGGUCAGGCACGAGAGCGACACCUCUUCAAGGGCUGGAGAACACGCCGGCUCUGCUCUACGAGGCAAGCGGGGGGCGAGCGACAAAAAUGAGGCGUAAAGGGUACAAGAGAAUAAAAAGGGGUCGGAGGAGGCGCCGCUUCUGUCGCGGUCGUCGUCCCCCCGAGUGGCGUUCGGUGCGGGAGGAGAGGAGGAUACUGCACAGUAUAUGGACGGACGGUCUGGAUGAAGAGGAUGGGAGGCUGCUGCGGUGCGCUUACGAAAGGCUGCAAGAGCAGGACGAAGGCCGCGGUUGGCUGAGUGACACCCUCUGGAUGCCACAUCCUCUGACUAAAGUUGCAGAGAAGAACGAAGGACACCGAUCGUGGCAGCAGAACCACGUUACGGGCUCAGCUCGCAGCGAGGGCUUCUACAAAAUCAGCCGGCGGGAUAAAGUCGAGUACCUCAACCGAGCGAGAACCACCGAGCUUCCGUCGACAAGCGCUCGGGGACCUCUGACGCAGUCCACUGCACUUCGUGCAGGGUCAGACUUCAGGUCAGAACAGCGCCGUCUGCUGUCGUCUUUCAGCUGCGAUAGUGACCUGCUCAAGUUUAACCAACUCAAGUUCCGAAAGAAGAGGAUUUGUUUCAGCAGAAGCCACAUCCACGAUUGGGGUCUGUUUGCCAUGGAGGCCAUAGCAACAAACGAGAUGGUGACUGAGUAUGUAGGCCAAAUUAUCAGACAGAACAUUGCUGACAUGAGAGAGCGCAGAUAUGAGCAGGCGGGCAUCGGAAGCAGCUAUUUGUUCCGAGUGGAUCGGAACACCAUCAUCGAUGCCACAAAAUGCGGGAAUUUAUCCAGGUUCAUCAACCACAGCUGCAACCCGAACUGCUACGCAAAGAUAAUCACGGUGGAGUCUCGAAAGAAGAUCGUGAUUUACUCGCGGCAGCCGGUAGGCAUCCACGAAGAACUCACGUACGACUACAAGUUUCCAAUUGAGGACGCAAAGAUUCCUUGUUUGUGCGGAGCUGAAAGCUGUCGGGGCUCUUUGAACUGAGCCCACGUUGUCUUCGCUGCUGUAUCAACAGACACUGAAGAAGAUGUGCCUUUGAAAGACCAUCUCAAACAUUUGCAACUGCUCUCCUGAAGGUUAAAAAUCACCCGAAAAAUGCACCGAGCGAACUUUCCUAACCAGCACGUAAGCUAUUGUGUGAAGUAUGAAAUGAUUGAAGGAAGAAGACUCUUGGCUUUGGUUUCAUCAAUGUACAUACAAGCUUACUGGCAAAACAUUAUAAAAGGCAUGUUCUCUGGGGUUGUACAUCACAGUAUGGAUAGUAUACGGCAGCCUUUUUGGAAAAUUUGAUGCAGCCCUACAAAUAUCAACAUCUUAUUGUACAUUGAAAUAUCUUUUGGCCUUACUAUGCAAAUGAUGACACACCUUUUUGGUGAUGAGAACUUCAAUUGUGUUUUCCUUGAGUUAAGCUUGACUCAGUAAUAUUCAAGGACCGUCGUUUCUCAUGUAUAAUACGCACCCCCCCCCCCAAAGUUGACUUCAAAAUUCUGGAAAACCCUUUUACCUAUGUAUAAUGCAUUUUCACAAUGCAUGAUUUUGCUUCUACCCAUAUGAUCAAAACAUGAAGUAUUAGCUGUAUUUUGUUAGUUUUUUU